GGAGUGAGGUCCAAAAAGCCUUCCCGCAGCACAGCCGCCUUAUCGCCCGCUCCUCGGCCGCCCCCCGAGCCCAUAUAAGGGCGGCCGCCGGCGCCUCCGGGCGGGAGGGACGCGGGAGGCGACCCGAGGCAGCCGGACCAUGCUGCUGGAGGCUGCGCUGCUCCUCUCCCUGCUGGCCAGCCCGGGGGGCUGCGGGCCCGGGGGCUCCGGGGCACAAGCCCCGCUCCCGCCCGCAGCGGCCCCGGCCAAGGCGGCGCAGAGCGGCCUCUGGGAGUACGUGAGCCAGCUGACGGGGGACAAGGACAGCCUGGAGCGCGGCCAGAGCAAGCUGGGCACCGACACGAGGAGCCCCAAGGAAAGCGUUCAGGACGGGCUCGGCUACAUGGGGCACUUCCUGGAGAAGCUGUCGCCCCUGCAGAGCGCCCCGCGGCCGCGGCUCUACGGGGACUCGGCCGGGCUGCGCAGGGCCAUCCGCAGGGAGCUCGACAGCCUCCGGGGGAAGCUGUCCCCGUACGUGGACGAGGCGCACCAGCAGGUGGGAAAGCACCUGGACGAGCUCCGCACGCAGCUGCGGCCGCUCACGGAGGAGCUGCUGGACCAGGUGUCGCUGCGGGCCCGGGAGCUGCGGCGGCGCCUGGUGCCCAGCCGGGAGGUGGCGGCGCAGCUCCUGGACGGCGCCGGCGAACUGCAGCGCUUCAUGGGCCACUACAGCGACAAGAUCGCCUUGCACACGGAGCAGGUGAAGGACAUCCUGCAGCCGUACGCCGAGCGGCUGCUGACCGAGCUCCGCCGCAACGUGGACGAGCUGCACCGCGGCGUGGCCCCGCACGCCCGCGCCAGCCCCGAGCAGCUCCAGCGCCACGUGCAGGAGCUGUCGGCCAGGCUGGCCCGCAACGCGCGGGACCUGCACCAGCGCAUCCAGGGGAACCUGGAGCAGCUGCGGGCCAAGCUGAGCCGGUUCCCCGGCAGCCCCGCCGCGGCCGCGGGGCUCUCCCGGGAGGCGCUGGCCAGGGAGGUGCAGCGGCGCGUGGAGGAGUUCCGGCGGGACACGCACGCACAGAUCCAGGCCUUCACCCGGGCGCUGGACCAGGAGACGGAGGAGAUGCGGCUGAAGCUCAGCGCCCGCCCGGACCCGCCCGAGGAGCCGCUGGACGCGCCCCCGCCGCCCCUGGAGGACCUGCGCGCCCGGCUGGACGCGCUGUGGCGGGACCUGGCGCUGAGCCUGAGCGAGCGGGGCGAGGAGGACCCCGGGGAGGGCCCGGGGGAGGCGCGGGAGGGCCCCGGGGAGGGCCCGGGCGGGGCGGCGGGGCCGGGGCGGCUCCGGGGCUGAACGCGAAUAAAGGCGCCGCCAUGUUCCCUGUCACGUGAUUCGCGUCACGUGACCCCGCCCGA